AUGCCGUCUCUUAAAUCAGUGAUUAAUGCUGCUGGCCUGGUCGGUGCCGUCGCCGGCCAGUAUUUUCCCCCAACACCCGAAGGCUUGACGGUCAUCAAUUCCAAGCAUCAGGAAGGUGUGAAAAUCUCGUAUAAAGAACCUGGUAUUUGCGAAACCACCCCAGGCGUCAAAUCAUAUUCGGGUUACGUGCAUCUUCCCCCGGGUACUCUCAACGAUGUGUCACUAGACCAAGAUUACCCCAUAAACACUUUCUUCUGGUUCUUCGAAUCUCGGAAUGAUCCUAGAAAUGCCCCUCUUUCUAUUUGGAUGAAUGGUGGGCCAGGAAGCUCUUCAAUGAUCGGCCUGAUGCAGGAGAAUGGCCCAUGCCGUGUUAACAACGACUCAAAUACUACCGAAAUCAACCCCUGGUCAUGGAACAACUACGUGAAUAUGCUCUACAUUGACCAGCCCAAUCAAGUCGGCUUCAGUUAUGAUGUCCCCACAAAUGGUACCUAUGACCAGCUUACAGGCAAGUGGGACAUUACCAGCUAUCCGGGCGGUGUUCCGGAACAGAAUAACACGUUUUACGUGGGCACCUUCUCUAGCCAGAACGAAUCGACCGCUGCCAACACCACCGAAAACGCUGCCCGCGCUUUGUGGUCAUUUGCGCAGACCUGGUUCUCCGAAUUCCCGGAGUAUAAACCGCGCGAUGACCGAGUCAGCAUCUGGACGGAGUCCUACGGAGGACGGUACGGGCCAUCUUUCACGGCUUACUUCCAAGAACAGAACGAGAAGAUCGCCAACGGGUCCAUUGAAUUAGACGAUGCUCACUAUAUUCACCUGGACACCCUCGGAAUUAUCAAUGGCUGCGUCGACCUCCUAGUGCAGUCGCCAUCCUACCCCCAGAUAGCAUACAACAAUACUUAUGGCAUUGAGGCUAUCAACAAAACUGUAUAUGAUAUGGCGAUGGAUGCAUGGAGCAAGUCCGGGGGCUGCAAGGAUCAAAUCAUUGAAUGUCGUCGGUUGGCCGCAGAGGGGGACCCCAAGAUGUACGGCAACAACGAGACCGUCAACAAGGUUUGUGCGAAAGCGAACACAUACUGCAGCAACCAAGUAGAGGGCCCGUAUUCAUUGUACUCUGGGCGAGGCUAUUACGAUAUCUCCCAUUUCGAUCCCGAUCCUUUCCCCCCUCCGUACUACUUUGGUUUCUUAAACCAGCACUGGGUCCAGGGAGCCCUCGGUGUUCCCGUCAACUUCACAGAGUCUGUCGAUAGCGUCUACAACGGCUUUUCUGCAACAGGUGACUACCCACGCUCAGAUGUACGUGGAUACUUGGAGGAUAUCGCAUACGUACUAGACUCUGGCAUCAAAGUUGCCCUAGUAUAUGGCGAUCGGGAUUACGCUUGCCCCUGGAACGGAGGAGAAGAAGUGAGCUUGAAGGUGGAGUACUCGGAUGCCGCCAAGUUCCGCUCUGCGGGCUACGCCCCUCUGAAGACCAAUGCAUCGUAUAUCGGUGGCUUGGUACGACAAUACGGAAACUUCUCAUUCACUCGCGUUUUCGAAGCAGGUCAUGAGGUGCCGGCAUAUCAACCCGAGACGGCGUAUGAGAUCUUCCACCGAGCAUUGUUCAACCGAGACAUUGCAACGGGCAAGGUCUCUAUUGCCAUGAACAACACCUACUCCACUCGCGGGCCCUCUUCGACCUGGAACAUUACAAACACGAUUCCUGACAGCCCUGCCCCUACCUGCUACAUUCUCGAGCUAGGCAGCACUUGCACGAAAGAGCAGACUGCGAGUGUCGUGAACGGAACUGCAGUGAUCAAGGAUUAUAUCGUUGUGGAUACGGAGUCGUCAUGA